CGUUCCCAAGGAAAACGACAACGACCGCCGUAGAAGUAGGUAGGUUUUCCAAAACAACUUAUAGAAUUUCGCCAAAUGGAAACUGUCGAAACCAGCCUUCUAUAUUGGACGUGUUGGCUUGUGCAUGGCGAUUCCUUUAUUUUGUAUUAUACAUAGUUUUAUUCAUACAAAUACAACCCAACCAACCAUUCACAACCACGUACAUUAAAAUCUUCGCCCUUUCUUUCAAAACACUUUUUUUAAUUGUUUCUGUGUUUUUUUUUUUGUUUAUCACUAACACCUGGUGCGGUCGUCACUGUCCUUUUGACUUUUUUGGUUUUUCUUGGAAAGAGCUCUGUUCUGAGUUCUUCUGACAUGUAGAUUUUUUUCAUUUCUAAACUGAAAACAAAAACAGAGAAAAGAGAGAGUGCAGAAGAUGAGUGUGAGAGAUUUAUUGACGAGGGUCAACGUGAUUUGUAAUAAAUACGACAAGUACGAUUUGGAGAAGCGUAAAGAUCAAGCUCAGAAUCUUCAUGGUGGCGACGAUGCUUUCUCUCGUCUAUACGGCGUCGUUGAGGCCGAACUCGACUCUGCCCUCCAGAAAUGGGAGGCUGCGGCAACAGAGAAGAACAGGGCUAGUGCGGUUGCUAUGAACGCCGAGAUUAGAAGAACCAAGGCUCGUUUGCUGGAGGAACUUCCCAAAUUGCAAAGGCUUGCUUUUAAAAAGGUUAAAGGGCUUUCAAAUGAAGAGGUUGAGGCUCGAAAUGAUUUGGUUUUAACGAUUAAAGAGAGGAUUGAAGCUAUACCAGAUGGUUCUUCUUCAUCAAAUGGAGCUAACCGAGCUGAACAUGGUGGUUGGACAGCUUCAACCACUUCUUAUACAGGAAUUAAAUUUGAUUCAACCUCAGAUGGGCGAUUUGGCAAUGAGUACUAUCAACAAACAGAUGAAUCGGAUCGAUUUAGACAGGAAUACGAAAUGAGAAGAAUGAAACAGGAUGAAGAUUUAGAUGUCAUAACAGAAGGAUUGCACACAUUAAAAGAUAUGGCCCAUGACAUGAAUGAGGAAUUGGAUAGGCAGGUCCCCCUCAUGGAUGAGAUAGAUGACAAGGUUGACAGAGCAAAUUCUGACCUUAAAAAUACUAAUGUUAGGCUAAAGGAGACAAUAAUUAAGCUAAGGUCAAGCAGGAAUUUCUGCAUUGACAUCACUCUUCUGAUCAUAGUAAUGGGAAUUGCUGCUUAUUUAUACAAUGUUUUGAAGUGAAAAUGGCGCUUCUACAGUUACUUCCACGGCUAUUCUCUCCUAUAUAUGUAUUUUGUUAUGCAAAUAAAUUCAUGUGAAUUGAUGCUAUUUAAUUAUACAAUUAUUAUAUUUUCACAAACAUGCAUUUUAUUGUACAAUUAUUAUAUUUUCAUAAAAAUUAUAGACAAUCCUUAAUUAUUUAUAA